GAGGCAUUGGCUGAUGGUGGUGUUAAGCAGGGGGUGCCAAGACAAAUGGCGCUGCAAUUUGCGGCACAAAUGCUGCUGGGAUCUGCUAAAAUGGUAAUGCUGACUGGUAAACAUCCAGCGGUGUUACGAGAUGAGGUUUGUUCCCCUGGCGGUGCAACUAUUGUAGGUGUGCAUGAACUGGAAAAAGGCAACUUGCGUGCAACGCUAAUCAAUGCAGUAGAAAAAUCCAGUCAACGUGCAGCUGAGCUUGGCAAGAAAUAAACGUGCGGCUACACUCAUUCCCAUCCAGUAAAAUAAAGCAUUUGUGACAAUUUCACCAUGGAAAAAACUCUCGAACAUUCAUACCUUUAUUCGGUAAAGGCAAUUUUUCAUAAUUUACGUCUAAUCAUACUUAUUAGCUAAAUAAUUAAAUAAAAAGAUUCGUGUUCGCAUUUGCAAAGCUGAUUA